AUGCCAGACCUACAGUCGGCGCGCCUGCUUGACUAUAUCGGCAAGAUGCCCAUCGACCAAGCCGCCGUUGACUAUUUUUCCACCGUCCCGCACGCCGUCGCCUAUCUCGACCGCAGCCGCGACCUGCUGCCCGUGCCAUUCUACAGCCGCUCGCCCAAAAUCGACGGCGCCGACACUUUUUUCGGCGAGACAAUCAAGUCGCCCGACACCAUUCCGCACGCACUUUUGCUCCUGCGCGGCUCCAUUGCCCGCCUCGAGUACAAGUUUGACGACAGCAGCAGCAGCAGCAGCAGCAGCAGCAGCAGCAGUGCGUCGUCCUCAUCAAACUGGCAGCCCGACACGGUGGCGCUCUUUCAGCUCGGCAUCAAGCUCAACGGCUACCGCGACACGACGCACGGCGGCUUGCUGGCGUCGCUGCUCGACGAGGUGGUCGGCUACAACGUCGACGGGCUGUGCGGCUGCGUCGAGGCACAGCAGGGCAGCGGCGCGUCGCGCAACAGAAUGUACACGGCGUAUCUCAACACGACGUACAAGAGGCCCGUGUCGCCGGGUGUCUACGCGGUGGAAUCGCGGCUGGUCAGGCGGGAUGGCAGAAAGUGGUUCCUGGAGGCUAGGAUAGUGGGCGCCGAGGGCGUGGUGCAUACAGAAGCGCAAGCAUUAUAUAUUCAAUCUCGAGACGCCGUACUAUAG